CUCGGACCUCUUUCACCUUUCUCUGCCACCUCUCUCCCAAUGCUUCUCUGAUUUUCUCUCUCCAGCUUGGAGGUAGAGUUGCUCUCAUAGUGUUUCCAAUUCAGGCUAUUAUGCAAUGGCUUUAACGAUAUUUACUCGAUCUUCUCUCUCUUCUCUCUCUCUCUCAUGGAAGCUAAAUUCAUCCAAAAUACUAACUCAUGGAACUCAAACUCUUCUUCUCAAAAGAGACACGAAUUUCUCUCGACGAUCCCUAGGGUUUUGCAGAGCAAAUGCAAGCCCAGAUUCAACAAGAAUGCUUCGUUCAGUUUGCUUUUACAGUACCUAUGAAGAAUCUAGAGCUAAAUUUCAACGAAAGGAAAGUGGAUUGGACUGGCCAAUUCUGAAAAGGUGGGAUGUGCCUUGGAAGUGGCAAACAUUUGCCCUGACCUCACUUGCUUGUGGAUUAAGUUUUGUUUUGACAGGGAUUAUAGAGACAAAAGCUAUACCCUAUCUCGGACUUGAAUUUGGAGAACUAAGCUUGGAUGAGAAAGCUGAAAUAAUUUUCGUGCGUCAGGCCAUUGGGACUGCAGUUGUACUUGGAGUGGUGUAUACUGUUACCAAUAUGUUUCGACCACUUCCUGGUGACUUGUUUCGCUAUGGUUUGAGGGAUCCUUUCAGUCUACAGAAAGGAUGGCUCUUGUGGGCAGCAAUUGGACUUGUUGGAGCUCUACUUGCUGUAGGAUUAACAGGAGUUUCCCUGUACUUUUUUAGUGGUGAUAAACCGCGAAGAGAGAAUGAUGCUCUUGUUCUCUUGCUUCCAUUGAUUGGAUCAUCAAGUCUAUGCACUGCCUGCCUGCUCGGAAUCACAGGCGUCCUUGCUCCGCUUCUCGAGGAGACUUUCUUUCGAGGGUUUUUUAUGGUGUCUCUAACCACAUGGUUGCCUACGCCAGUUUCUGUCCUUAUUAGUGGUGCAGUAUUUGCAGGUGCUCAUCGCACUCCUGAAUUGUUUCCCCUGCAGUUUGUGUUAGGUUCUGCUUUGGGAUUUUCAUAUGCUCAAACUCGCAACCUUCUGACUCCAAUCACCAUACAUGCCGUCUGGAACUCAGGAGUAAUCUUGUUUCUUACCUUUCUUAAGCUCCAAGGAUGUGAUAUCAAUAAAUUGGUGCAGACAUCUCGAUGAAGACAUCAUUCUUUGAGGGUAUGGACCUUGUGCAGGUUCCUUACAGACUUGUCUUUUGCUCUCUUCUUCUGCAAGAUUGAGAAUGACCAACAAAUGCCAAUUUAAAAUGUAUAGAGUUGACUAGCCUAUGGAAUUCCGAGCAAUGGCACUAGUAGAAAAACCGCGAGCAGUAAUUUUGUUGGCCGAACUUAACUUGUAAUGUAUUUGAAUAUACUUCAUCAUCGUCUUCUUAGUUUUACAGAACAUAACAAUUAGGGAAAAGUGAGUUUCUUA